UUACAGAACGUUCUCCUGGGAAGACUUGUGAUCUUUGCCACCUUUGUGACUUUAUGCAAUGCAUCAUGCUAUUUAAUACCCAAUAAGAUAGUUCCAGGAGAGUCAACCAAGGAAUGCACGGAUCUCAAAGGAAACAAACACCCAAUAAACUCGAGGUGGCGGACUGACAACUGUGAGAAAUGUGGUUGUGGAGAAAAACUAACCUCAUGUUGCUCUCUUGUUGCUAUACCUGUGAGUUAUGACACACAGAAGUGCCAGACAGUCUUUAAGAAGGAGGAAUGCAAGUAUACUGUGGUGGAGAAGAAGGACCCAAAUAGGCCCUGUGAUGUCAGUGCAUGGAUAUUGUAA